AUGUCGACUGAAUUUAGUAUCAAUUUUCGAGAUUAUAAUCGUAAUCAAUUUGGUCUUCAAUCCUUAUUUAUUUUAACAUGUUUCGUGUUCACUUGGCUGAUCAUUUACUUAAAAACGAAUGAUGAACUUUCAAAAGCAAUAUUUAUCCAAAAUAGUCUCAUAUCCACAUGGACUGUUGCGUAUUCAUUACGCAUAUUCUCACCAUCUGUCACUUCGAAAUUUCCUCUGGCUUUUCUCACAUUCCGAUGUACAAUUACAAUGCUCAAUGCUUCUGCCUUGAUGAUGAUGAUUUUUUAUGAAGAUUUUGGAUUGUGUCUGCUGUUAGUCUUAUCGUUACUUUUGAGUAAAUCAGUAUUUAUCGCUGGUCCGACACUUUGUCCGAAAACAUGUUCGUUUAUUGAAUGGUUGUUGAUAUCUAUGGGUUGUAGUGGAUUUUUCCUCUCAGUGAAUCUUCAUUGGUGGUCAUAUUUUGGUGAUAUUAUUAAUCGACCGGUCUUCACUGCUGAUCAUGUUGUUGUUUGUGAAUGUUUACUCCUAUUUGGUUUAAUAGUAUCGAUUUUGCAAAUUAUUCCUUGGUCAAGAACAAUUUCACCUGCAAGUCAAUUCUAUAUUUCAGUAGUGAUGACAUUUCUUACCGUAUUUCUCCCUCAAGCAUACUUUUUCGUGCAAGAGAAUCCGUUUCUAUGGUUGUUUAACUAUAUUUUCAAGAAAUCACAUCGAAUAUACUUGCUUCUGUUUUGGUUUCUUGUAUCCUUAUGUUCAGUGAUCAUCGUUAAUAUUCAUUUAAAAUUAACCAAACAUACGGACAUGCAACAGGAGAGAACAAUUAUAAGAAAAUAUUUUCAUUUCUUAGCCAUUAUUGUUUAUACAAGUGGAAUUUUGUGCGAUACACAUUUACUGACAAUGUGUUCAGUGGCGUUUAUUGUUUUGCUCUUGUUAUUAGAGUGUAUGAAAGUGAAAAAUGUUGCUCCAUUGGGAAAUUUGAUUCGUAAUGCGUGGACUGAUGAUCGAAGACGAAUAGCACAAUUCAGUGGAGUACUUAGUGUUGGUAUCGGUGAUUCAGCUGCAUCGAUUAUUGGAUCGAAAAUCGGUACUCGCAAGUGGCCAGGAUCGAAACGAACUUUAGAAGGAUCAUUGGCUGGUUUAGUGGCUCAGUUUUCCUUUGUUGCUUGUCUGUGGUAUCUAGGUAUGUAA